CCUGGACUUCGACGAGGGACGAGGGAGAGAACGAGGCAGGUCCCAAUUUCUGCGCCACCCGCUCGAUGCUCUGGCAACCCAGCUUGGGGCAGCUCCACUCGUAUUUCGUCUCCAUCUGCUCCUUCAGGGCCGCGAAUGCGGACUCCCAUGCCUUCCGGUGUUCCAGGCCUGCCCGGAGCAACGUGAGCAGCCGAGAAUUGCGGUGUUGGAGGGUGGACGCUGGUUGCCGGAGAACCCAGCGGCACCACACGGUGCGGUAAGCCACGGUCAGUCGGUGUUGGACGGAUUCCCAGCUGGAUGAAAACCCGCGUCUCGGUUUCUGGGGAUCGAGAGCGGCGGAGGCUGGGGAAUCUCGGAGAAGAGAUGGAUCGGCGACGCAGGGUGGUCAUCAACGGCGGGGAGUCGAGCUGGCGGCUGAGUCCUUCACAGGGGAUGCUCGUGUUGGAAUCGAGCUGCAGAACAGGCGUCUUGCUCAUUGCACACCGGCGGAGGAGAUCCUGCACGCCAUGCUGGGUGGCCUCGGUCGCCGCUACCAAGCUGUCCUGGAUCGUCCAUUGGAUUGUCGGACCGUCGCCGAGGGCGCCGACAGGGGGGAGCAUGGGCAGCACCACAUCACGGUUGAACAAGCCGGCGACGCUGUCCCAACUCGCCAGCAUGGAGCCGAUAGCGAUGAGAGAAUUCCCUGCACUGCAUAUGGUAAACCACACCGUGUUUCCGAGGAUCAUGAUUCCAGCACGGACAGUAAAGGCAAUGGCGAGAGCGACAAAGACAACCACGGCGGCUAGAACGAGCGCCCAACAGGCGUAUUCGAGGAUCCAGGAAAUGGGCCACGGGGCAGAACGACAAAACCGCUGCAUCCGUUGGAACGGCGGAGCAAGAGCGACCAACCUCCCCAGAGCGACCAACCCCCCCAGAGCGGCGACGAUGGCGCCAAACAUGGCGUUGAGGAUGGUGGGAAGUGCGGGGAGAUGGCGGGUAGAUGAAGUCGGCGUAAAAACAAGGAAAGAUGAGUGGAAUAAUGGUGGUCAGUCCCUGUUGCUCGGGGUCUGUUGCGAAGUGAUGGAGGUUGGUCCGCAGCAGGGCGGGAGCAGCAAUGCGAGACUUGAAAGAGUCCUGUCAUCACUGGCGGUCGAAGAAGGCGACGGGAUGGAGGGAAGUGGGAGAUGACGGAGAAACAUUUACGGAAAGAUGGCUUCCUCCUCUGGGCCCAUCACAUCCCCCUUGACCUUCUCCGCCUAGCAUGCCCAAGUUUGAUGACCUUGCGGCAGCGAGACGGGCACCUGCAUUCGAGCAGCGGGGUCGCCCUCAGUCACUCUGUCACUCGUGAGCACCUCGCGGCCGCCGGAAUUGAGACUCCAGGUGUGGGUGGGUACGAUCCACCAUGCCAGGGACUGGGAACGAAACAGGAUAGCCCAACGGGUGGUUGUUGGGAGCCCAAACUCACUGCCCCUUUUACGCCACUGCUGUCCUGGUGUCGUUCUGGUGGUCGAGGAGGUUCCGGGGGAUUCCGGGGCUAUCACGCACAAUGACGCAUCACUUGUCUCAAAAGUCGCGUAGCCUUGGCCGGCCGUGGUCGUGAUUGUGGUCGUGAUUGUGGUCAACUUGUG